AUGGAAGCCUCAGCAUUACGGUUUGUUGAAUCACAAAACGAUGUUGCUCGAGAUCCAGUAAUUUUAUGGCUAUCUGGCGGUCCGGGAUGUUCAAGUCUUUUUGCGUUGUUCACCGAAAUUGGUCCUUAUUUGGUGACUACAGAUGGACAAAAUUUAGUGGAAAAUCUUUAUUCAUGGAAUAAGAUUGCAAAUUUAUUAUUUUUUGAAUCACCUGUUGGUGUUGGGUUUUCUUAUGUAUCUGAUGAUGUGGUCAGCAAUGAUGAUACAGCGUGUACAGACAAUUAUGCGGCACUUAUUCAGUUCUUUGAAGAAUUUCCACAAUUUAAGGAAAAUGAUUUUUAUGUGACCGGUGAAUCAUAUGCAGGCGUUUAUAUUCCAAUGUUGGUUGAUAAAAUUUUAGAAAACUAUGAACAACAUCCGAUUAAUAUAAAGGGUCUAGUGAUUGGUAACGGUGUUUUGGAUCCAGAUUUACGACAUAACACAUUCAUUUCGUACGCCUACUACCAUGGAUUUAUUGAUGAAAGCGCAUGGGAGCGUGCAAAAGACGAGUGCUGCGAUGGCGAUAUUGAUGAAUGUGAUUUCACACAGUACACCAGUGGUUUUUGCAAAUAUUUCUUCGACAAAACUCAUCAUGAUGCUCGGCGUAACCAGCCAGAUAUAGAUUAUGUCAGAGCAGCGGCUGAACAACUGACCUGUAUGGGUGUUAAAGCGGUGGCAAUCUUCAUGAAUCGUGAAGACGUUCGUGAUGCACUUUUGGUCCCUAGAAGCGCACGUCCGUGGAGGUCUUGCGGCACGACUAUUCGAUAUCAGAAAAUCUAUCGAAGUAUGGAAGACAAGCUGAAGUCAGCCAUUAAUUCAGGUCUGAAAGUACUGUUACAUUACGGUGAUCUGGAUCUUGUCUGCAAUUUUAUACAUGGAGAAAAAUUUGCUCGAAAUCUUGGAUACGGGGUAACACAACCCAAAAUGCCUUUUGCCGUCGACGGGAAACAUGCCGGUUUCAUCACAAAAUAUGGCGAUCUCGAAGUUGUCAUUGUCCAUGUGAGUGAACAGUAUAAGGUUCUUAUAAACCUUUAG